AGGAGGCUCAGAAAGGUCUCGACAGCGGUGACGUGAAGGUCUGGUGCGCCGCGCUGCUCCUGCCCCUUACCCCCCUCCCUCCCUUCCUCCCUCCGCGUCUCCAGUCACCACCCGCUGCGAGAUGGAGGUGGAGGCCGUGAUAUAGUGUGCUCAGUGCUCGGGGGAUUUUAUCUUACACUCACACUUACGAGUUGAUCUUACUUUGCCAUACAUUAUAAUAACCGAAAAAAAGGAACAAGAGAGAAAGAAACAUAAGUGCCAGCGAGUGGAAGAGAGAAAGAGAAAGAGAGAAAGGAUCGGAAAAUUUGCUUGUUUUGUUUUUUCAAGUUUGUGGACUCUGGAUUCUUAACAGUGAGGGAUAUCCAUACAGUGCCAGUGCGUCGUGCGGCCCCAGGAAGCAUGGUGCCCCAGGGUGCCAUCGCGUGCCUCCUGCUGCUGUGGGCGGGUGUGGCAUUCCCCGCCGCCGCCGCUACAGACGAGUAUGGAUGUGACUUGGCGGUGGAGCAGCCGUGUCGGGCCAACGCGUCCCUCUGCGUGGCCCUGGAGUACGUCAACGAUGGCUACCUAGACUGUCCCGACGGCUCCGAUGAAGGCUGCGGCGAGGGCUGGUUCGUGUGUGAGGACCGAUCGGCCUGUGUGGCGCCAGACCUUCUGCAGGAUGGUGUGCCAGACUGCUACGACGAGUCCGACGAAGUGUGCGAGGAGUGGCAGCAUGAGUGUCUCUGUGGCUUCCCCCGCUGCAUCCCCUUCUCCUCGGUGGGGGAUGGUCACUCAGAUUGCCUCGAGGAGUCUGAUGAGUUGUCCAUCGAUAAGAGCACCUACAUCUGCCCUCCCGAGGUGUCCGAGGAGCAGGAGCUGAGACGGAGAAGGAGGAAGAGGCAGCUUGAAGACCAGCGACCUGUGGAAGGCUUGAGAAGAGUGUUGAUUGGGGAGGAAGGUCCCCUAGGCCCCAUCACCUCCACCGUCAACACCUUCAUCAACUCUGGCACGACCUCCGAGUACGUGACUCGCGUCCACGGGACCCGCAUCGACGGACACUACACACAGCUGACCUCCACCUCCUCCAGGGUGUUCUACGCCCUCCCAACCAAUCUGUGGGAUAGCCGGCCGGAGGGGCUGAUCUCCUCCAGCCUGAACACACGCGUGACUGACGCAGCCACCACCUUGUACACCACACGAUACUUACGGACGCACAUUGACGGGACUUAUGCCCAAUUGAUUGAGACAGCAAGCGACAUUCACUCAAACCCUGCCUCCCUCUCCACAGCUCCCCUCAGCAUCCCCGUGCAGGGCACCUUCUUUAGCCAACCCUCAGAUGGCCACUCAAAAGCACACGUGCAGGUGAGCCUGAAGGACACCGCCCUCAGCCCCAGCUCGGUGGCGGACGAGGUAGUGAUGCUGACUGGGACGCAAGGCAAGUUUAUCAAGGACGGUCCCUCCCAUGCCACCACUUUCAGUGUCUUUACCGGCACGUACGUCAAGGACCUCCGCACUUAUCUCUUCUUCUUUGGGAACACCAUCCUACCUCCUUCACCAGGGAUGGCGACACCUGAGCUGAUUACCAAGACCCACACGGAGGUGGUGGUGCGGAAGGGCGGAGACCAAUCCAAGAUCAUGGUGGACAUGAACAAGGACCUGGAGGUCAUCAUGCCCUCCAAGACACAGAUGAUGGACUCAACGAAGGCACCCGACCUUCUGAUGGGAGAGGGCGUGAUGGACGGCCGUGUGAUGGGCGGAGUCUUUAUCGAGGGCUCAGAAGGUUUUGAUAUGGAGGGGACGCAGAUGAGUGAAUCUGGGAAAACCAGCAUGCUGGCCGUCACCAUCACCCGGCCCAUGUCCAACACUGUCACGUUGCAGCCCUCGUCGACACUGCCCGCUGAAGAGGUUACUGUUCUUACCAUGGCUGAUAAGCUCGGUCUCACCCACGACGUGGAUAACGAAAUCGAAGGGACUUUACUGCGCGCCCGCAAGGCGAGGAUCUCAGGUGGGGAGAUUAUUGCUGACCUUCGCACGUCUCGGCCACUAGAAGUCAACCUUCCAACAUAUACCGUCGGUCACUCUAAUCUGCCUCUUGAACAGGUGCUCGGCUUUAGCAAGAAUGGAGGAAGGACCACGGAAACGUCUGUGGAAAAAACUGUCAGCGAGAAGCACCAGGAGUCCAACCAGCGUGCAGCAAAGUCCGUGUCUGAUAUUCGAGAGAGAUUCAAUCUGGAGCGUGGCGGCGAGGACUCUGACCUCCCCACCGUCACUUACGUAGGCUUUGCUGACUUCGUCACUACCAUCGCCAACACUGUGGUGGUAUUUACGCCUCGCUCAGAUACGCCCAAUAAAAUUAUUAAACCUUCAGUGUCCAAAACUCGAGAGGCGCAGCCACCCACCGCCUUCAAUCCAUCACCUGUAGGGACCCCCACGUCGCCGACCACCCUUGCCCCGCGCCUCGCUUCCUCCAGGCACACUGAGGAGGACAUCAUCGCGGGCUCGCCCACUGAUGCCUUCGGCUUGCAACCAUCCGUGCACCACAGUGGUGAAAAAUCGAAAAUGGAGGCCCAGAUUGUAACGCCGACUAGUAGAACAUCGUUAAGGGGUGACCAAGAAGAGGCCUUGGUGGAAGACCUUCCGCCUCCCGUGUUUUCCACUGUCUCCACAAAAAGGUACAACACGAUUGACCUGUACCCAACGGGGCUGGUGUCAUAUAUUGGUGGAACCAUUGUUCGUGACGACAUGAGGACCCUGUUGACGACCUACGUGUACGGAACAUAUAUUCAGGGUCAGUACGCCCAAGUCGUGCAGAGUACCUCGAGCAUCUUCUAUCUAGUUUCACGUUCAACACUCCCGGACGUGCAGGUUACUCCACCCGUGCAGCCUGUGGCGGCCACACACAGCCCACAAGCACCAGAACUGACUACUGAGUUCAGUGACAUCUACGAUUACGACUAUGAGGGCUCCACAACUGAGCUUGGUCCUGUGGAAGAUAUCGUUGACAAUGCCCUCGGCAGGUCAGUGGGUUCCAAUCCUGAUCAACAGCUUAUCGUGGACACCGCGGACGAGAAGCCUGUCUCUGAAGAGCCCGAACCCGCGACCCCACAGCCGCCAGAGGAAUCCAGUGAAGAUUUCACCACACUUACAUACUACACAACCUACUUUACUGACGGAGUCACGUCUGUCGCUACCCGAUAUGAGACUUCCUCAGUUUUCCUUCCCUUCUUUGGGCUGCAGGACACCACGACAGAGUCAGACCCAACGCCCGUCGACGAGGAACUGGAGCCAACGCAAGUGUCUCCCGUUCACCUCACCACCUACACGUACUACACCACCCUUUUCGUUGACGGCUCUACUCAGGUGUCUAGCAGAAUCGAGGUACUCACUAAGGAGACUGAUGAUACCUCUUCUUCUUUGACCCCCUCCUUCCUCGCCCCCACACCGACUGUAGCCCCGGUUCAGCCUCUUCUCACCACUACUCUCUCAACCACCACUGCUCUGCCAGGCACCACUGAAGACACUACAGAGAGUCCUGCAGUUGAGGAGGACCUAGCAGUAAUAGAGGCCAUCAGCGUGGAUGAGCCUGCCCCUACUACAGAGUCAUUUAUAGAAUCAAUGUCUGAGAGCAUGUCAGAGUCUUCUACAGAUUCAUCAGGUCAAGAUGUAACCGAAGGGCCUAAAGCAGCUUUGGAGUCAUCCCUGAACCCUGAGGAUGAGGUGAAUGCAGCCUUCUUCCCUCGCACUUACUACACCACCUACACUUACUUCACCACCUAUUAUCGCGCCGGCAGCUCGUCCAUUGUGAGCAGCCUUGAGACACUGACCAACGUGGUGACGGACCCCAGCGACCACGACCAGCACCAGACCCUCACCCCCGUGGUGCCCACUUACCCCGUCACCUACUACACCACAUACACCUACUGGACAACCUUCUUCAAGGGCACUUCUACCAUCUCCACCAGCUCCGAAAAGACUCUAUCAAAUGUAGUCACUCCUGCAGUCAAGGAAACGGCUACACCCGUGGCACACGGAGAGCCGAUCCCUGUGAUGGAUGCUUCUCCCACCUCUGCCACCUCACCGGCGGCCACUACCGCCACUAUCACCGCUGUGACUCCCACUCCCGCGGUUACCACCUUCUACACCACUUACACCUACUACACUUCCACAUAUGUGGGAGACAAGACCAUCGUUAACAGUCGCCUCGAAACUAUAACCAAUGUAGUCUCGUCCUCGUUCUUGCCGGGUGGUGUCAGGCCGCCCGUCACACUGGACAACGUGUUUGGCUUCGGCACCACCACCACCGCAGCGAUCACUCCAUCCUCUGGGGUGACGUUGCCGCUGAAUCUUUUCGGCUUCGAUGAAACUACAGCUUCAAAAUCUGAAGCAACUCUGCCUUUAGAUCUAUUUGGCUUUGGAGUAACAACCACUUCAUCUCUUGAAGAAACUCGACCACAGUUUCCAACUAAAACUAAAUCGACAGGACUUAUCUCCACCAUUCGAGGAAGCACCGUAGUAGACGGAACCACCACUAUUUUCUCCACCAACAUCAUAGGCACUGUGGUAGAUGGGCUUUACGCACAGAUUCAGUCCACUACUAGCAUAGUGAUUCCACCAACGUCCGGGGUGGUUCCCAUCUUUGAAGACAGGGACGCCUCUCCAACAUUGCCUUCCUUCUUCUUGCCCACCACAGCCAUCUCGGAUGAUUCACAUGCCACCAUUGACCCUGCCAGUGGCAUUGGAAGGGAAGCUGAAGUGGAAGUUCCAGCAGUAUUCGCCACGCCAACGCUGGAAUCAUCGUUGCAGGCUGAAGUCACAGACACCACACCUCAGGACGAAGCAACCGAAGCUCUGCCCUCAGAAGCGACAACGGAGGAGUCUGAAAAGGCCUCACCAACGAGCGUCUCCAACCCCAAGUCCAAGCCAACUAGUCGGAAUAACUUCCCAGUGCGUCCUUCUGGUUCCAGGCGACGGCCGGACUUUUUGCCCUUCUUGAGACGCACAAACUUCCGCUCUGCCACAAUCACUCGGGACGGCCUUACCCCCACCGUCACCGCUACUCCGGCCGACGCUGCUGGAGAUGACGACGACGACACCGCAUCAGUUAAUCGUCCUUUCCGCUUCGGGUUCUUGGACAUCACCACCGACACCACCACCACCGACACCGACACCGACACCGACACCACCACCACCGACACCGACACCGACACCACCACCACCACCACCACCUCUCGCGACUCCGCAGCACCAUCCUCCGUUCGCUUCCGUUUCCAAUCAUCUAAGCCAGGUGGCCCUAGAAGUUCUUCUCGCCCUGGCCUUUUCGGUCCAUCAAGCGUUAGGGGCAGUUCCCCAGGGUUCCGUUUCGGUGCUAGCAGUCCUGGCGCUUUCCCGGGCGCUAGUAGCCCUGGAGGAUUCAGAUUCGGUGGCACGCGAUCUUCGGUAUUCCCAGGGUCAACAAGGAGUGUUAAACCCACAUCUGUCUUCCCAACGCUGGCCACCACUGCCGCUCCUGACUCCGACUUAGAUCCGCUUGAGGAGGAGACACUACUGGAAGAACCUGAAAUUGAGGAGGAGGUGUCAGAUACUGAUGCCCCUUCAGUGAACUUCCGUCCUUUCAGCUUCCGUCCAAGAAAAGCACCAUCCAAUGAUCCACACACAAGGGCAUCGGUGCCGUUCUCUCUGUUGAAUCGUCGCCCUGAUGUUCCACCUACCAGAAGGGAAAGCACACCCAGUCGGUUCUCUCCAGCACCCAAGAAAUCUGUCGCGAACAACCCCGAAGAUGCGCUGGACAAGAAGAGGACCACCACUCCUCGCCCCACACCUAGCCAGCGUCUGAAUCGCUUGAGUCCAGAAGAACGUAGACGCAAUCGCAUCCGGCAGAGUAGACCUGAUCUCUCCAAACUUUUUGCUCGGAGGAACCCUUUGAAUAAGGAUCUUGACAACGAAGCCACUGACGUAGACCUGGUAUAUAUUGAUCCCACUGGAGGAUUCGUGGAGGAUGCGGAAGUAGCUCUUGUGAGGAAGAAGCGUCAGACCACUCCAUUUGGAAUGCGAAUGACGUCACGGGGCGCCACAAGGGUCUCCAGAGCCCGUUCCAGAGACUCGUUGCCCCUCCCUCCGCCCGCUUCCUCAAGGUUCUCCAGACAACGUCCAGCAGCCACGCCAGUCGAGUCAGAAGAUACCAGCCAACAGUUUACGUUAAGGAGCGGCACGAGGCCUGGACGGGGAAGAACUCCGGCAGCAACCCCAGCAACCCCAGCAACCCCUGCUCCCCCUGCCCCUGCCCCCCCACCAACACCUAACAGAAGGGCCACAGCUGCCCGUCAGGCUCAGAGGGCGACAAGGCCCUCGACCAGCCGCACCACUCUCCCUGCCAGGCCCCGCGGACCCUCCAGGACACGGGACACUGUGCCGCUGGGCAACAUUCCUGGCCGCGGCCUCAGAAGGCCAGCUACUGACAACAAUUUUCGCACGUCCAGCAAGUUUGCUCCUCGUACCCCCACGGGCCCCGUCAGGAGGCCACCCGUCAGGAGAACGACCAACACCAAUACUGAUACCAAUCGAAAACGUCUACAGACCACCACUAAUUCUAAUCCCAUCAAAGAGUUCCGCAACCGACCGGCUCCCCCAGUCACAACAGAGCCGCCACCAAUCUUCCCCAGUGAUGAUGGCAGCUUCUUGAUUCAGGACGAAUUGACGGUGACUCGCGAGGUGCCGGUGAAGGCCACCAUUCCCUUGAUAGAGGACGGUGAGACGAUUAUGAAGGAGGUGAUCACUGCCUCAUACAAGACUGAAGUUCUUCAGCCAGACCAAAUCACUCAGACUGAAAUAGAUGGUUCGAUUCGCCUGUUUCUCAGCAGUGUGGAGAGCGAGAAAAUGGUUACUAAAUAUGUAAUAAAUCCUGUCAACACCACUACUGUCACCCACACACCCACUUUUGUUAGCGGCCGUCGCACUUCGACCGCCGUCAUCCUUCCCACCACUGCUUACAGUAUUGUGACCAUCACUCAGACUAAGGGGGCGGGCGGUGAAAUACAGCAGCUUCUUCAACUGCUUCUAGGUCAGCAGCAGCAGCCACAAAACCCCUUCCUGGCAGCCUUUGGUCUAGGUGGACAGCAAACCCCAAGAUACAUCACUCAUACUAACACCUUCGUUACCACUGUAACUAACGUAGUAUCUACCGCCAUCCCCAUCAUCUUCCGUGGCAAGCCUGUCCACACCACACUUGUUGAGUCUCAGAUAGAGGUGGUGACGGCCACAGAAUUCAGCACGGAAACCGUUCUCGCCGCACACACUGCCCUUCCCUUCGGGAACCCUGCCCCCAUCAAUCCACUACUUCCGCUCUUGUUUCAAGGACAAUUACAACAGCAGACUGCACAGAACAGGCCGUCCAGAGAACCGUCAAAGGCUGACCCACUCCUGCUGGAACAAUUGCUCAAGCAAAAACGCAAGGAAAUUAAGUUAAAACAAUCAGAAUUCAGGCAACCGUCUCCCCCUACACCAGAGCCAGUUCAGACUUCUGUGGUGACCAUGUAUGUCUCUGGGCGCCGGCCUGGUGAGUUCUCAACUGUGCUUUCCACUGUAUUUCUCUCCGGCGAGGGCACACGCAGGAAACGGGGCUCAUACAAAACUAGGGGAGCAGAGGCCACUGUGUUGCCUCACUUUAUCGAAACAGACAAAGGCUUGUUUGAACUACCCGAUGCUUACUCAGAGGACGACGUGGACUGGUUCGUUAUGUCCGCCAUGAACGAGAUAGAUGUUAGCGGGGUCACGAAAGUUACUCCCGCCCUGGACUCCAUUCUCGGUGACCUUGCUCAGGACUACUACCAGACUGUAGCGCCGCGAAAUAACGGAACUCACUCCUUCAACACUUCGCCUUUUUUAUGGGCGGGCCCCGCUGAGUUUGCCCCACUCAAGCGGAAUGUCCGGAGCGCACAAAGGGGCAAUAUUGGGGAACCCAAGGCACGUAAAAUCGAGGACGGGACGCUCCAACAGAUUGUAGCAGACGAUGACGAGAAGCGUCUCUCCUUAGGACCGCUAGAGGUAGCAGGAGACCUCAGCCCUGAGCAAGUGCUGGCUCCCACCACCUAUUACACUACCUUCACUUACUACACUACUCUUGUUGACGACGCCGGCAAUGAGUUCAUUCAGAGCUCUGAGGAGACUCUCACCCAGUUGGCUACCAACGGCAAUGUGGUACUCGAUGAUUUUACCAAAACUCCUCAAGAGGAGGAAGAGGAUAUCGUACAGGAGAAAUUCACGCUAGAGGACGCCAUUGUUCCCGGCAAGCCGCGGCCUGUCCCUGACCCUGUUUUCACAGAGCCGCCACCGCCGUUCGGGCCUGUGAUUCGGCACCGCUUGCCUGAUCCUGAUUUCGACUCGGAACCUAAUCCUCCUCCUUCUCCUCCUCGAGGCAGUGGGCAGCGGCGCCGAGUGCCAGGGGGAAACCGAUUGGAGUCCUCUUUCCUAGAGUCUGAGCUGCCGGAGUUGCAAAGGCCUCGCCGUAUCGUGUUGACCAGGAAGCGGCCGGUAGUCCAGAGCCCCGAGAGCCACAUUCGGACGGUGGUGACCCGCCGCCGGCCCGUUAACCAGUUGGACGACAGUCCAGCCAGCUCGGUGGUGGAAAGCACGCCAGAGGAAGCUUUACACUUGGAAAUCGAAAGAGAGCAUCUCAUUGAGGAUUUUCAAAAGUUAAAUCCUUCUGUAGAUGAUGUUUCCACUAGACCGACACACGAGGUGAUGGAAAUUGAAGAGCAAGAUCGUGAGGAGGAGGUGGCAGGACAACCGGGUAACAGCCGCCGCGUGCGAGUCACUGUCACCAAUCGACGUGCUGUUCAGCUCACCAGAACCGCAGAGGCCGACAAAACCAUGACGUUGUCAGGGGGGCGGCGCCGCGUGGUGGUGACCCGCCGCUUGCCUCAACCCACCGUUGUGGCCAGCCCUUUGCGACCUGUCGUAGCAACGGUCAGCACCUACUACACAAUUUACUCUUACCUGUAUUCACUCUACGAAAGGAACGAUCUGGUGUCAGUGUCUACGCGAGAGGUGACUGUGUCCAAUGAGGUAGAACCAACAGCAGUAUCAGUGCUGCCCACCUUCCAGACUGGAAUGACGGCCAGUGGUCUGUACACGGUGGAAACCGGCAGCACUGUGGCCACUCUCGGUGAACGCGUCUUUCAGUCCCUUACUACCCAAAUCUUCCUCUCCUCGGCAACUCUCAUAAAUCUUACACCCGAGGCAAUUAAGGAAAAUGCUCAGACUCCUCAAACAUCAGAAGCUUCUCAUCCUCCUUCAUCCGUUCCCGGUAUCUUGCAGUCCUCUUUAGCCGAGGAUGAUGUGGUGCUGUCCACCGACACGCCUUUUAUUACUACCAGCAGCUUCAGAGCCACGCGGGAACGUAGUCAGAAAACGUCAGAAAAACAACUUCCAGACUCCACUCCGCUAACUCACCAUGAUGUUACGACUGUUCCUGAGAGCCUGACGCCCUCACGGGGUGGCGUUAGAGGAGGUGGCCGAGGGACUGUGAGAUUUGCCUUUACCCGUCCAAAAGUAAAGGUCACAGUAACCAGACGACGCCCUGUUGCGUCAGGCACUCGUGAACCCGCUCCUGCCGCUACCCCGGCCCGUGAGGUCUCCCCGGCCAUCGCCCCAACUCGUCAGUUCACCCCAACUCACCAGUUCUCUCCGGGCCUCACCCCAACCCGUCAGCUGUCUCCGGGCUUUACUCCAACCCGUCAGCUCACCCCAACCCAUCAUCUCUCUCCUGGCUUCUCUCCAAUCCGUCAUCUCUCUCCGGGCUUCUCUCCAACCCGUCAGCUCUCCCCGGGCUUUACUCCAACGCGUCAGCUCACCCCAACCCGUCAGACCUCUCCUGCCCUCAUCCCUACCGGUCAGGCCUCUCCUGCCCUCACCCCAACCCGUCAGACAUCUCCGGCCCUCACCCCAACCCGUCAGACCUCUCCGGCGUUCAUCCCUACCGGUCAGGCCUCUCCGGCCCUCAUCCAUACCGGCCAGACCUCUCCGGCCCUCAUCCAUGCCGGUCAGGCCUCUCCGGCCCUCAUCCAUACCGGCCAGAUCUCUCCGGCCCUCAUCCCUACCGGUCAGGCCUCUCCGCCCCUCAUCCAUACCGGCCAGACCUCUCCGGCCCUCAUCCCUAUCGAGCAGGCCUCUCCGGCCCUCAUCCAUACCGGCCAGACCUCUCCGGCCCUCAUCCCUACCGGUCAGGCUUCUCCGGUCCUCAUCCAUACCGGCCAGACCUCUCCGGCCCUCAUCCAUACUGGCCAGGCCUCUCCGACCCUCACCCCAACCCGUCAGACCUCUCCGGCCCUCACGCCAGUCCGUCAGCUCUCCUCAGUCCUCACCCAGGACACUCCUGAGGACUUUUCGGUAGCGAGAAUUCCAACAGAGUCUGAAGUAGAAGUACCUGCCGAAUUUGACCUGGAGGACCCUGAGUUCUUUGAGGACGAAGUAUCUCCGCCAUCUGAACGACCAUCCACAGGUUCUAGAUUCCGAUUCUCUCAGGAGCGUACCAGCCCAGCUCCUCCAGUUGAAGAUGACAGUUUCAUUUUAACUCCAACUGAAGGACCUAUUGUGGAGGAGGAAGCAGAGGUUACCACGACUCCCAAGCAGCCCGUCACACCUGUCCCGACUCCUGUUCGUCCAACGAGGCCUCCUAGGUCAUCGAUUCGAAGGGACGACAUUCCAAUCAUCCGCCGGCCUUCACGGCCCUCACGGCCCUUCGUGAGACAGCAGGUCACCCCGGAAACCACUCCCGCCACAGACCCACGGUUGAGAUUCACCCCUACGCCUCUACCAAAAUCCGAGCCCUCUGAAGCUCCACCAAAGUCUGAACCCACUCUUCCUUCACCAACAACUGAGCCCUCUGAGCUGUCUCUAAAAUCUGAACCCUCUGAGGCACCACCAAAGGACACUGUUGAGCAGCCAGCCGAUGACGAGUACCUGUACGAGGAUUACGACAAUGACUAUUAUUAUUACGACGAGGAAGGGGAGAGCCCGGGAGUGCUGGUACCAGAACAAGAGCUCCCACAUCCCGAGGAACAACCAUCGCAGCCCGAGGUCCAGCCACCACGUCAAUCACCGCCUCAACUUGCCCUCCCUGAGUCAGGGCCAAGUUUCUUGGGGCCCUCAAUAACUGAGACCCCUACAAGCACCUUGGAUAUCCUCGCACCGGGUGUCACGCGUGAGCCUGAUACCGCUCUGGAUGCCGACCAAACAGAAGCCCCCGCCAUUCCACCCCCCGGCCUCGUGUACACCACAUUCGCCACCACCACGCUGCUGCCGAUCCUGGGAGGGGAGCGCUCCAUCACCCUCACCAUCAUGACUUCCUCCCUCACCACCCCCUCCAUCACUCUGCCUUUCUUCAACACUGUCUCCCCGUCGCUGAAUGAGCACUCGCCCACCACCCCCACCGUGCUACCUUCCCCCUCCGCCCUCCCACCAUCCCUCGAACCUUCCUCUCCACCUGGUGAUGACACCCAGACUCCUGUGGUGGUCGACCCACUUCCUGAGGUCACCUCCCCCACCGCACCAGCCCAUCCAGAGUCCUCCUUUGCAUUUGGAAUCUUCCCCGACUCACCUGUCGCCGACUCAGGGUCGGGUCAGGGGUCGGGUCGGGCGGUGGUUGGGCGGCCCGGGUCAGAGAAGGUCGGUGUGACGGAGCGCGAGGGCGGGGCGCAGCACAUCGAUGCUCGCUUCAGCAUCGGCGCCCGACACAACCUGGCCACUAAGGUCAUGAGUAAUGGCGUCGAGGUCAUUGUUGCCGGGGACAAGACCGCCCUGCCGCUGCCUCAGGACCAGAUCGUUUCAAGCAACUUGGAGAAAUUCCGACGACCGAUCACGCUGCCGCCCUCGACGCUGUCCGACGAGAUGCUGCUCUUCGCCUCCCCCGAAACCGAGACGCCGAAGGUGACACAGCUGGCAGGUGGGGAUGACGGUACCUACCAGACCAACACCUACUUCACCACCUACACCUACUACAACACUCUGCUGGCUGGAAAUAAGCCCUUCGUCAUCACCAGCAAACAAACUCUUGAGAACGUGGUCACUGUUCCUCUCCCACACACAGGAAAUUUCAUUGAACACACUGAGGUCACUUUCGAAACUCACACAUACUACAAGACCCAAACCUUCACUCGCACCAUUGAAGAGGAAGAAUCGCAGAGUGUAAUCACCUCUCAUGAUGUCCUGACACAGGUGGUGAUAACUGAAGCCCCCUCAGUGGACCGCACCUCAGUCACUCCCAGCCAAGCCUCACUGGUCACCAAGACUUACUUCACCACACUCACCUACUACAACACAGCAGUGGAGGCUGGCACCACAGUGAUCAGCAGCAACACUGUUGUCUCCUCGGAGGUUGUGACAGAAACGGCCUACAUCACCAAGACUCCCAGCCUGGACCUAGGAGAGUAUGGUUUGUCUCCCACAUCAAUCAGUCUACCGGCAGGCCUGGCCACGACCCAGCAGGAUGAUCUGAUUCUUUAUGCCACCAAAACAGUGUACACAACCCUCACCUACCUCACCACUAUUCUUGAGGGCAGUGACACCAUAACUACAUCAAGUAUUGAUAUUUCUUCAAGUGUUAUAACUGAGCCUGUGACUACAGCUCUGAGCCAUGAAGAACUCAACUCCCUUAGAGAAUCUUUCUUGGCUGAUCAAGUGACUCCCACUGCCCUUGGUGAAGCUCAACCUCACACUGUGUCUUACAUCAAGAUCCGUGACAAUGUGUACAAACAACUGCGCACUCUGUUUGCUACGUACACUCACUUCACAACCCUCCACAAUGGUGAAGUGCAAUCCAGGCUGGAGACCAAGACAAAGAUCCUCACCUCCACUGUCACAACAUCCAGUGUUGCUGCCUCUCUCCUCAUUACUCCUACAGGUCUGGCAGACCUUCCAGUCUUUGGAGCUUCUACAGUUGCUCCAGGAGUUGAAUCAUCUGCUCCUGUCCAGCUGGACCCAUCCUACCUGUCCUCCCUGAAGAGUUCAUACCUGGCCCUGAAGCCUACAUCACUGGGUGGUCCUGGUGAGGAGGAGGGCCUGCAGGCCACUGUGGUGGUGGAGGGACAUGAUUCUGGCACGUUUGUGGUUAGUGACUCUACCACUUCAGCGACCCUGUUGGUAGGACCUACAGAUGAAGUAUCUACAUCAGUAACAACAGGCCAAACCAUUGUGAUAUUUGACCCAGAACAUCUGUCUUCCCUGAAAUCAUCAUAUCAAGCAAGUAUUGCUUCUGCUACUCCAGUAACUACCCCAACACCCACAUCACUAGUAACACCUGAGGGUCCAUCAUCUGGUACACCUAUAUUUGUGAGUGGUGAACCCGAGGAGACUGAUCCUACACCUGAUCCAGUCACUCUCACAUCACCUGAUGCAAUCACUCCCACAUCACCUGAUCCAGUCACUCCCACAUCACCCGAUGCAAUCACUCCCACAUCACCUGAUGCAGUCACUCCCACAUCACCCGAUGCAAUCACUCCCACAUCACCUGAUACACCUGUAAGCCCUGUGACAUCACCAGAAACGGUUCCAUCAUCCAGUGAGUCGACCUCUCCAGACCCAGAGGAAGUUACAUCACCUGAUGGCUCUGCAGUUACUACCGAAGAUGGUUCUCCAGUGGUUGUCUCACCAACUCCUGCUGCGGUUCCCUCUCCAGCUCCAGCACCUGCCCCUGCUGUUUCAGUUCAAGGUGGUUCCACUGGUGUGCCUCCAGUAUCAAGUGGUGGUAUAAGUCCUGGAGAGUAUUCACUGACAGGUAGCAGUGACAAUGCUCUCAACAUUGACCUAGGUCCCAUGCUGACUGCUGUGGCAGGAUUGUUGCGCAACAACCUCAAUGGUCAAAGUAUUAGUGCCAAGUCUGAUGGUGAAGCAAAUGAUCGCAGGAAAAUAAGCCCACCUUUGCGACCCACCAACACUCUCAUCUCACCACAGCGAGAGCCUUUGUUGAUCCCUGUGGGUGGUGUUGGUGCUUCUCUCAGCAGCACACGGAGUCACACUUUAGGCCCUGAGCAAGGCUUCAUUCCUCUGAAGCGUCCUGAUGGUAGCACUCCACAGAGUCAGCCUCGGUUCCCUGGCCAGGCUCCAGCCCUUGAGGUCCCACACAACCAAGGUUUUAUAAAAAUUCAACCCGGGAGACCAAGACCUGCUUUCUCUGCUCCAACUAGUAUUGAAGAUAUGGAGGGCUUUGGUCCAACCUUCCUUCCACCUCAGACACAGGCUGGCUUCACUGCAAUGACAGAUGAUAAUAUUGCAUCUACCAGAGUUGCUGUCAUAGCUGGGUCGCCAACCAUCUUCAUUGGUGGUGUUGCACUUCAUGACCUUCCACCUCCAGGCCAGCCAGCACCUCCUGGAAGUCACGGCCAGAACGUUGACCGAAGCACUGUCACUAUACAUCCUAGUCAGACAAUUCCUGAGGGUCAGACAAGACCAAUGCCAAUACCAGUUCGAGUUCCACUUCCUGGUGAUGGAGGACCAAUCCCCCUGCCAGUACUCCCUGAAGGCUUCCCAGAUCAAGAGGCAUCAGAUGAUACUCAUCUAGAUCUUGUGUCUUCCAGACCAAACCCCCAUCGCCCCCAGCCAUCCCUUGUGGGGCCGCAGACCAUUGUGAGCAUUGAGGGUGACAACAGGAUUGUGGGAACUCAGGUCAUCCAUGGGCACCCUACCACCCAGCGCCUCCCAGAGCCACCCAUUAUUGUCUCUCCUGCAGGAGGGGAGUAUGUCCUUCACUCAACAGUUGGUGUAGGAAUAAUAUCAGGUGAACCUGAUGAUGAAAGGCCACUCCCCCCACCAGGAGUUCGAACCACUGUCAUAUCAGGUGCAGAGACAGUCCUUCUGGGCCAUGGUGUGAAUAGGGGCCUCACCACAGUUGUGCGAGGCUCUUCCACAGUCAUGUCUGGAGCCACCACAAUCUUUGGCUCCCUCUUCACUCGUCCAGCAUCAAGUACUGAGCAAGAGGCUGAACUAACAUCCAUUGUUAGUGGACCAAGAGGUGUGCCAACACGCUUCAUAACCCGUGUGGAGACUAUACCACGCACUGUCACUGCCACACACACAGAGUUUGUGUACACAGGAGGAGUCACCUCUACCCUGACACAGGUGGUCUACAGCACCCUGCCGCCCCGCACCAUAGUUUCUACCAUUGUCGGCACGGCAACAAGAGUUAAUUAUGUCACUGUCACUAUCACUCCUGAUGGUACAGCAGUGACUAGUGGACUCCAUGGAGAUGAUGAUUCAACUACAUACCCCCCUGGCUCUCCCUUCGAUCCAGCAAACUAUCCAUCCUUCCCACUGAAUCCAGAUCCUCAUGAGGAGGAACUCCGCCUGCCUGGAGAUGCAGAGGUUGUUCUGAGUGAAGACACUCUUGGUAUUGCUGAGGACAAUGAGAUUAGUAAAGUAGUAGAGAGCAAGAGUCCAGACCAAGAAAUCAGCCUGGGAGGUCCACUGAGGGCCCCUGUGUCUCUGUGUGAACCCCAGUGCUCUGCUGCUCGCUACGAGGUGUGUCGGCUCAUCCGUGGGGAGCACACCUGCGUCUGCCGCUCCGGCUACUCCCGCAGGAAUGAAUACGAUGCCUGCAAACCUUCCCUUGCUUACAACGUCCAAGUGCUCCUUGACCACAUGAGUGACGGGCAGCUCAUCUUUGAUGCUGUUCUUCACAAUGCCUCCCACCCCAUCACCCAGGACCUCUCUGACAUCACCACCCAUGGCAUAAAUCAGGCCAUGAGGGAGUCUCCUCUGGGUCCACGAUACCACACUGCCACGAUCACUAAGUUUUCAGACACUAAAGAAAUGGUGAUGCCAGCCUCUGUUAAUGAUAUGGAGCAUGGACUGGUGGCAGACAUCAAAGUGGAGUUUUUGAGGGACACAGAAGAGGCUGAAGAGUCUGACCUGGAUGAGGCAAGGGUGAGGCAAGCUCUUGAUUCAGUCCUGAGAAGCAGUAACUAUUCUCUCGGGGGCACCGGACUCUUCACCAGCAGAGCAGAAGCAGUGUUGGCCUCAGAGGACUUCAACGAGUGCAUCUUUGAAGACCACAACGACUGCUCUAUCAAUGCCAACUGCUUCAACACCCCAGGCUCAUACCUGUGCGCCUGCAGGGACGGCUUCAAGGAUAUCUCUGAUUUGCCGGGAAGAGAGUGUGCUGUUCAGACUGAGCGGUGUGCACAGUGCAACUUCCAGGGCGAGUGUGUGAUUGAGUCAGAUGGCUCAGUGGGGUGCCAGUGCUUGCAGUGGUUCAGUGGCAAUCGCUGUCAGCUCAACCUGAGAGUGAUGCUGAUAGCACUGGUGACAGUGGGCUCCCUGCUGAUCCUGCUGCUGCUGCUGUGUCUGGCACUCUGCUGCAUGAGGGCACGACGCAACACUCGGGAUAAGCUGGCACAAGUGCCUGGCGCUCCGACCUUCUUGCGGGCACGCUCCACUGACAUGUCUGGAACCCUGGAUCGUCGUGCCAUGAUCAAUGAAACCUCCUCUGAGAGCUCAGUAGAACACCCACGCCACCACAACCACCACCACCACCACCAUGCCGCCUCCUUCAUGACUCCCAGCUCAUCAGAGAAGGCAGAACGAGUGGUUCGCGCCCCUCGUUCAGAGAUCAGCACCAGCCGGCGGUCACAGUCCUCCUUCGCUGAGGACCGCUCCAUGGGCGUCCACACCACGCUGCCACCUGUGCUGAUCCCAAGAGUGAAGGGUCCAGCACCCCCUCGCCCGUCAGUGGUGGGCCGGGACAAGGAUGGAGAGGCACGCGUCAUGAUUGGUGCUGAUGCUCGGUCUGACCUGGCCAGCUCCCAGCAAGCCUUUGUUGACCUAUUGGACCCACCAGGACCUGCUGUGUGUCGCUCCAGCAGGAGGGAGAGCAUGACUGCUGCCUCCAUCCACAGUAGUGCUCGCAUAAACCGUUCAAGGUCACACUCCCGUGAACGGCUCUCAGAUGCUUUCCUCCAUCAACUCCACCCUCAGGGCUCCACCCGCUCUCGCUCUACAGACAGGCUCCACAACAGCACCCACGACCUCAACUCAGAGUUCGGAGUCAACUUUUCCUUCCGAGGAGAUGGAGAACGGACAAUGAGUGAGGCACGGUCUUAUGAUGAGACCACAGUGCGUCCUCCAAUAAGAAGCCUGCGAGCAGAGAGCUUCUACUCCUCCAAGGCCCUCUCAUCUCAGCACAUUUCUGAACAUCAGACCAUGGCUGAGCGAGAUGGGGGCUCUACUGUGGUCUAUCCUCAGACUGAGCUGUACCGACCUGUGAGGGACAAUGACUCCAUUAGUGACAUGAGUGAACAACACUCCAAAGUCACCUCCAGCAGGGGAGCUUCAAGGAACUUCUUCUCCUGAGUGGAUCCAUACCUGCCAGGUGCCUGUGCUGCUCAAGGUUGCCCCUGAGGGAAGCUGUUGUUCUCAGCACCAGACUCAGGUGGCUUCCGAGAAGUGAAGAUAUAAAAUUUGUACAUCAGAUGUGCAUUACAAAAGCUACAAUAUGUAUUAUGCAAUGAUAUUAAUCAAAAGUACACAAUACACAUAAAUAAACUACCUUGUUAAUUUUUCUUGAGUUUAUAAAGGCAAAAAUUAGUAUUUCACAGCAAUAUUUUCCAGUAACGUGUAAGUCUUAAGGAAAUGCGUGUGAAAUCGGGAGAAAAUUAAGAGUUUAGGCUACAGAGAUGUAUAUUAUUAGUCUUUAUUUUUUGUACUUGCCUACUUAUCUCCAUAUCUGAGACCAAGAGUGUUUACCCAAAAUUAAGAAUGGCUCUUUGCCAUUAUGUUAGGAUGCUGUUCCUCUUAUUUUCAGAGGCGUGUGUGCGAGGAGGGAGGGAGCCUUCCCUCCUCCUGACGGUGCAUAUCUUUGAGCAAAAAAGGUCACUGAGGGCUCAGGCAGAGCACUCACUGCUCAAGAAGCUUAAUUUUAUUUAUUUAUUUUAUGAAACAAGCUUCAUGUACCGCAUGUUUGCUGUUUCAUCUGUUUGCCUUUUUUAUAUUAAAACUAAUUUCUUAGUAAAUUUAUUAUGUCAGCCUGAUUUGUGACCUGUUUUGCUGAUCUAUAAAUAUCUAUAUUUUUCCAAAAAAUUAUCAUAUAUUGUACUUACAUAUAUAUCAUUGUUACUUUGUUUGGUAAACAGUCAUUAUUUUUUGUUAUACUAGUACAGUGUAAUUACUAAUGUCUAAUUAUAGGAUAAUAUUCGUAUUAUGAAGGUCGCAUCUGAGUCAAAAGUUUCUCACAACUCUGUUUGCUCCACAUGAGAACUGUUCGGACUGAGUCCCACUCUUCUCACUUGCAUACUUGAAGAGGUGAAUCCUUAUCCUAGCAACCGUGAAGUGUACAUACAACCACUGUAUAUAUUUGUACCCGUGAGCAUGUCUGGCUGGUCCAAGCGAACUACACCACCCUAACAGUCUAACAACUGAUUAGUACAUUGACAAGCCCCAGGCAAUGCCCAGUGCCAGUGCAAAAAUUACACAAAAAUCAUAGGUUAUGACUGUGCUGUGUGUUGACAACAGAUGUACAGCACUCCUUAAACUGUUUUAAUGGCUCCCAGUCCAUCGGCAGUGUGUUGCUAUGGUGCAGGGGCUUGUUGGUCUGGCACUGACAUUGCCUGGUGUUUCCUCCUCAGGCUGGCAGGUCUUCUCACACCAUUCUAGGGUUGAUAUUUUUUGUACAUUGUAGAGAUUAGGAUCUUCACUGUUGUGCCAGACAGUGACUUGUGCUGUGAGAGUCUGCUGUGGGGUUUCCUUCCAGCUGGCUCUUGAUGGUGUGAGUCGCAGUCCAAGAGAAGGAUCAUUAGACUUGUAUAAACUAUUUGUGCCAAAUGGCAGCACUUACUGGGUUCCUGUAUUACAUCCUUGAGGAGUUUCCUGUGUGGGGGUGGCAGGCAGGUGUUCCUUGACACCUGCCUCACCCUACCAAGACCUGGCCUGCCCUGAGGAGGACUGUUGUUGAAAGUGUACUGCGCUUGUUCCAUUUUAUUAAUAAACUCUUAUAUCAAUA